CAAACCUAUAGGCUCUCAGGAUGAACUCUCUUACAACUCUGCUUCUCUUGGCUUUAAGCCUCUCUGUUGCUCACUCGAUGAAUUACAAGGCUCUCAACCAGUUCAGAAAAAUGAUCCUGUGUUUGAUGCCUGAUAGCUGGCCCAUUUUUGACUACGCUGACUACGGCUGCUACUGUGGAAAGGGUGGCUCAGGCACACCUGUAGAUGAUCUGGAUAGAUGCUGCUAUGUCCACGACCAAUGCUAUAGCGACGCUAUGCAGCAUCCUGAUUGUUGGCCCAUUUUCGACAACCCUUACACAGAGAUCUACAGCUACAGCUGUGAUGAGGAGCAGAAGAAAGUCACCUGUAGCCACAAAAACAACAAUUGUGAGAUGUUCAUCUGUGAAUGUGACAGGAAGGCUGCAGAGUGUUUCGCACGGUCACCAUGGAACCCUGAGCACGAGCACCUGCCAAGCCACAUGUGCAAGUGAAAACCCCAGCAAACCUGAUUCAAUUGAAAUCCCCACGUGGCUCUUUCUGUACAACUGGAAUGUUUAGAGGAGCAGAUUACUCUUACUAAUCAAUCAUGAUGUUGUACUGAACUUUUUAAAAAGUAAAAACCAGCCUGUCACUGCCUCAAAGCUGAUG